CCAAUUCUCACUUAAAAAUGCAGCUAAGCAUUUUUGUUUUAUUAUUUUUCUUCUCUUAUCAUUUUAAUAUUGGUUUUACAAUGAUACCUCUUUCAAAUACUUUGACUAAACAUGAUGCUUUUAUUGAACUUCGAUACACUAUUGGAAAUAAAUAUUAUCAACUAAGCGCUCCUUUUGAUAGUCAAUCCGUCACCGAUUCACAUUUACUUAUUAAACGUACCUUUACAUCUAUUUCUCAAGACUCCUUUGAAAUAGAAUAUACUAUUGAACCUACUAACAAUCACCAAGAAGAUUCUUCAUUAAUCAAAUUACACCAUUUUGAAGUCUUUUUUGAUACUGACUUUAAUAACAACACUAUCAUGGCCGAAGGUUUCCAGUGCUGGAGUCAAACUAGGGAAAUGGAUAAAACCACUACUUUACCAAAGAUACAAUCAACUGUUGCUUGGAUAACGAAAUUUGAUCUUCAAGGGGACUAUAACUUUUUUAAAUAUUCUGGCAAACGAGGUGUAAUUCAUUCUACCGGUUAUACUUAUAUUCGCAAUACUCAAGAUGAUUCUAUACUAUUUUUGGGCUCACUAUCUGAAAACAAUGGUUAUUCUUAUUUUAAGGUGGAUUUUAAUUCCCAUCGAUUCGCCAUAUAUAAGGAUAUCGAAGGCAAGACUCUUCCAACGAAUGACAAGUUAACAUUUACAUACUUUGGAACCCAGCAUCAUGAUCAAUCUGUUCUUUGGCAACGUUAUGCAAAUCAAUAUCUUCCUACAUUAGAUAAUAAAAUAACAAUGACAAAACCACCUUCAAUCUCUGGUUGGACAUCAUGGUACAAUUUUUAUGAAGCAGUGACAGAAAAGGAUGUAUUGGAUAGUAUUGAUGGAUUUGUCGAAUAUGGUUAUCCUGUAGAUCUCAUUCAAGUGGAUGAUGGAUACGAAACUGCGAUUGGUGACUGGCUAGAUGUGGAUGCUGUCAAGUUUCCUAAUGGUAUGAAAUUCAUUGCUGAUGAAAUCAAACAUCGUACAGACAAUAAAGCUAUUCCUGGAAUUUGGUUGGCUCCCUUUGCUGUGGGUCUGAAGAGUAGUAUUAUCAAAAAUCAUCCUGAUUGGCUUGUAUAUCAAUCUGAUGGUACUCCUUUACUAGCUGGUCCAAAUUGGGGUGGUUUUCGUGCAUUGGAUAUAUAUCAUCCUGAAGUCCGUGAUUACCUUCAACGCGUAUUUGACACUGUUAUUGAAGAUUGGGGAUAUAAAUUUUUGAAAUUGGACUUUAUUUUUGCUGCUGCAAUGGUACCUCGACAAGGCAAAUCUCGAGGUGAAAUUAUGUGGGACGCUGUUACUUUGAUUACCGAAUUGACUAAGAAACGGGCAUUGUUACUUGGAUCUGGACUCAGUCUGCCGUCGGUAUGGGGACGAAUGGACUACAAUCGUGUCAGUAGUGAUGCUUCUCCAUGGUGGGAUCAUUCUCUUUUGAGGAUUGCAAACGUACGUGAACGUGUAGCUACUUAUAAUGCUUUGGUAUCCACUUUAAAUCGCUGGCCUAUGAACAACGUUAUGUUUGGAAAUGAUCCUGAUGUUUAUUUUAUUCGAUCCAACAACAAUAAACUGACAACAGAUGAACGAUACACCUUGGUGAUGAUCAACAACUUGCUUGGACAAAUGGCUCUUAUGUCGGAUAAUGUGGCUCGUUAUACAAAGGAAGAACAUGAUCUUUAUUCAAAAACAUUCCCAAAGGUGGUUGUGAAGAUGGAUCAUAUGGAUCGUCUUGGUGCUGACGUUUAUCGACUUCAUUAUACUUGCAAUGGACGAUCGUAUAUCACGGUUACCAAUAUAUCACCCUUGCCCUAUCGAUUCUUACUUCCUACUUUAACCACUUCACAACGCUCAUCUUCCAACAACGACAAUAUUGAUGUGAUUUACUUUGAAUAUAAGAAUGCACUACUGAAAGGGGAUAAACCAUCGGUUCAAUGGAUUGAUGCUAAACUGGAAAUACCGCUCAUCAUUCGAUCUCACGAAACAAGAACAUUUAUGAAGGUGGAGGAUGAUUUUGUUGGAUCCACCGGACAUAUUAUACCUGGUUGGGAAAUGGAAUCAUAUAUCAGGCAAGGUGUACACCAAGAUUUGGCUCAUAUCAAACUACGAAAACCUCGCAUUCAACAUUCGGAUAUCUAUUUAUAUUUCAAGGCUUCGGGAUAUAUGGCAAAUGGCAAACAAGGUGAUAAUGUGGAAAUGGAUUCCAAAAUAUUUAUUGAUGACAGAAAGGUGAACACUAUACAACUUUUGACGAAAAACGAUGAUAUCAGUAUUCCAUUCCCUAUUUUACAGGUUACUUAUUCAAAACAUUCAUAGUUUAUUCCUUUCCACCUCGUACUAUUAGUUUUGAUGUAGAACUUUUUUUUUUUUUUUGUGUGUGUGUCGAUACCUCAAUCAAUUAUCAAAUAAAUUUAUUUUAUUCAGAUAUCC